UAUAUACAUACAUACAUAUAUAUUUACAUGCAUAUAAUGCAGUCCGAAUGUCCCUAUGCUCGCCGGUCUAACCGUUCGUCUGUAUGUUCAUACUGGUCGGUGCGGUUACCGCGAUGGAAUUUGAAAAAAACAAGUUUUUCUCCACCAAUUGCAAAUUGUUUGCAUCGUUUGGAUCAUUGACUGGACAUUCGUGCAUAUCAAACGGUCAAACGGUGGUCAGCAAACAAGGAGAGCAGUUAGCAGCGGAUUCCCUGCUGCCACAAUAACAACAACAAUUGUCGAUACAAUUUGUGUGAACUUUUUUUUCGCUUUCAAGCACUGUUUCGUAUUCGUAUUGGAAGCACUCGUGCCAGGGAAACGCCAGUCAAUGAAAAGUACUGCCAUUCGCAAAUUAAACGUCAACGGAUACACAUCCGCUUCGAUACCCAUAUCUCCAUUCACAUCUGCAUCCAAAGAGAGGUCACCACCUUUGGAAGAAUUUUACAAGGAAAUAUCUGAGGAUCAAGUUUUUGCACAAACUGAGGAAAAGCAGCAAUCGCAACGAGCGCCAAACAACAAGGAUUCGAACGCAAAUCGAACAGUAAAAGAUCGCGCGCGAGUUGUGGCAAACUGUCAUCGUGGAUUUGUUGAACAGCGUUUGGCAUUUCAUCAUGGAAAGACUCACACCGCAACAACGUCUACAAAUUGUUCAACUGUAUUAUGAAAAUCAGCGUUCUGUGACAAAUGUUUUUCGUGCGCUUAGACCGCAUUAUGGUCAACAUAAUCGGCCUGCCUUAAACACUAUUCGACAUACCAUCAACAAAUUUGAAUCCGAAUAUUCAUUGGUGGAUAAUUCUCGACCGAAUAGACCACGUCCAGCAAGAAGCAUUAAGAAUAUAGCGGCAGUAGCAGAGAGUGUACGUGAAAACCGCGAUGAAUUGAUUCGGCACCGUUCUCAGCAACUUGGACUGUCGUAUGGAACAACUUGGUCAAUUUUACGGAAGGAUCUUCAUUUAAAAGCAUACAAAAUACAGCUCGUACAAGAACUAAGGCCAAAUGACCUUCCUGCACGUCACCGUUUUGCUGAUUGGGCUCUUGAAAAGAUUGAAGAAGAUCCGCUGUUUUCGAGCAAAAUUUUGUUCAGCGAUGAGGCGCAUUUCUGGCUCAAUGGUUACGUCAAUAAGCAAAAUUGCCGUAUUUGGGAUGAAGAGCAAUCAGAACAGGUUCAAGAGCUACCUUUACACCCAGAGAAAACAACGGUCUGGUGUGGUUUAUGGGCUGGUGGAAUCAUCGGUCCAUAUUUUUUCAAAAAUGAUGAUGGCCGCAACGUAACUGUGAAUGGUGCUCGCUACCGUACCAUGAUAUCGGACUUUUUGCUACCUGAAAUUGAAUCUAAUGAUCUCUACGACAUUUGGUUUCAACAAGACGGAGCCACUUGCCAUACAGCUCGUGAAACAAUGACUUUAUUGAGAAGUCAUUUCGGAGAGCAGCUGAUUUCACGUUUAGGACCUGUGAGUUGGCCACCAAGAUCUUGUGAUAUCACACCUUUGGACUUUUUUCUUUGGGGAUUCGUGAAGUCCAAGGUCUAUGCUGAUAAACCAGCUACGAUUGAAGCUCUGGAAGCCAACAUUACGCGUGUUAUUCACGACAUACCAGUCGAAAUGCUCGAACGAGUGAUUGAAAGUUGGACCUUCAGAAUGGACCACCUUAAGCGUAGUUGCGGCCAACAUUUGAAUGAAGUCAUAUUCAAAAAGUAAAUGUCAAAGAAUGUCCUUUCAAAUGAUAAAUAAAGGUUUUGAACAUAAUUUACAUUUUUUUUUUUUUAACUAUUGAAAAAGCACCUCAUGAUUGAUCACCCGUUAGAUCUAAGUAAUACUUUCGGAGUUAUACCUAAAUAUGUAGAGGUGCCUCGUCACGUUUUAAGGUACGUAUUGAAACUUUAAACGUGUUUUUUUCAAAACGGCAUUUUUCAAGUCGGUGUACACGAUAUCUCGAAAACGGUUUGUUUGAUCGGUCAACCGUUUUAACUCAAUCUUUAAAGAUACAUUUUCUAGUAAUUAAUCGUUCCUUUUGUAAAUCUGAUACUUAUUUUCCAUUUUAUAAUCAAUUUACGGCCAAAUUUUAACGUAAAAAUCGAAAUCAUUUCUUUUAAAAGCUGCCAUUUUGUGAAAAUUCACUAUUUUGAUUAGCCGAACGAUUAAUUACUAGAUAAUCUAAUAUACAGGGUGGCUGAUGAAAGCCGCUACCAAAAAAAAAAAAAUUGAAUAACUUUUUUUCUUUUUAAGUUAUCUGUUCCAUUUUUGUUUUAAUUUGCAGAUUGAUCUUUAAAAUUUAUUAAAAUGGAUAACUGGGACACGCAAACAAGAAUUUGGAUAGUCCGCCGCUAUCACGCACUGGAGUCCGUAGAUUGGUACAGAGAGAGUACAGGCGGAUUGUUACCGAUUAAUAAUACAAUCCCAUAUUAAAAUUGUUUUUUGUACUAAUUAGACGAAAACUGUAUUCAAAUAUUUAUGUACUAAACCUGAAUUAUCGCUUCAUACUAAAAAAUUCUUUUGUAAUAUUUACCAAAAAAUGCAAAUAUGCCUGAACUGUAAACGCCGUUGAAUUGACCGAAGCGUGCUUUAAAACUCCAGUUGCUUACGGAAAUUCAGACGCGUACGAGGCGCGACAAUAUAUAAAAACCUCACUUCUAUUUUCACGCAAUUUAAACAAUUUGUUAAACUUUAUUCAUUUCAUAAACUCUAAAUUCAUAUACUUAUAAAAUAUUUUCAUUAACAACAAAUAAAAUACAGUGAACUUAAAGUGUUGUUUGUUAUAAUUUCGGAAGCCUCGUAUUUUGAGCCAUCGUUGCUUUUGCCUGCAACACGGAUGUUUGGCGGCGAUCCCCCGAACAGAUGGACCAUAAUGAGACUGGUGAAUAAUUUUGCUGAGCAAGGAACAGUCGCAAGAAGGCCUUAUCAUCGAAACCCACCAGUUCGGACGGAGGAAACGAUCGCUGCUGUAGCUGCAGCUAUACAAAGGGUUUCAACAAGAACCUUAUCUGCUCAACGUGGUGUCAGCCGACAGUCUUUGCAAACAAUAAUGCACAAAGAUUUAGACUUAUUUCCCUACAAAAUUCAAAUGGUUAACAAACUGAAUGCAGCAGACUUGCCGAUUCGCUUGGAAUUUUGCCAGAAGAUCCUGCAAAUGGUGGAAGAAGACCAAAACAUGUUAAACUGCCUUUUCAUGUCUGAUGAGGUCCAUUUCGAUUUAAACGGCAAUGUGAACAAACAAAAUUGUCGAAUAUGGAGUACUUCUAACCCACAGAUACUCCACGAGACGGAAUUGCAUCCUCUUCGCGUGACAGUGUGGUGUGCGGUUUCUUCACGCUGUAUUGUCGGGCCUUAUUUUUUUGAAGAAAAUGGUCACACCGUUACGGUUACUGGAGACCGUUAUUUGAAAAUGCUGAAAGAAUUUUUCUAUCCAGAACUACGCCGAAAGAGAAUUCCUUUCAACUCUGUGUGGUUUCAACAAGAUGGGGCAACGUCUCACAUAGCCCAGACUGUUAUGACAGAGUUGCGACGAAAAUUUCCCAAUAAACUGAUUUCAAGAAACUCCGAAUUUCGUUGGCCCCCCAGGUCGCCUGACCUUACUGCACCUGACUUUUGGGGUUUAUGUAAACAAGAAGUUUAUAAAACAAAGCCAACAAAUUUGGAUGAACUAAAACAAUCCAUUCGGGCAACAAUUGCGGCUAUUCCUGUCGCAACUCUCAAAGCAGCAAUGAACAACUUUUUACUAAGAUGCCGCACUUGUGUCGACGAGCAUGGGGGGCAUUUAAAUUCAAUUAUUUUUAAAACUAGUUAAGCUACAUUUAAUAAAAUUUAAUGACCUUCAACUUGAAAAAAAAUAAAUUAAUUCCAUACACUAAAAAAAAGUUAUUUGAGUUUCUUAAUGUAGCAAAAUUCAUCAGCCACCCUGUAUUAACAAAAUUUUUUUGGUUUUUUGAUUUCAGAUAAUCCAAUCCUGAGUUACGAUGUACACCGUAAUUCGUCUUUUUUUAAAGGAGGUUCCAGAAAUCGCCUGCAGCGCGAGUUAUGGAAACCCCCAUAACACAACCACCAACCAAACCCCCAAGGUUACAUAUAUAAGUCAAUGAACUAAAUUAAAAUCAUAAGAAUUAUUGUUAAAGUAUAGAAUAAGCAAUUUGUAAUUUGAGUUCAUAAGAAUUAUUAAAAUAUAGAAUAAGCAAUUUUACAAUAAAUUUAUAAGCUUCAUAUUACCGAUUGCCGAAUUAACAAAAAUUUGUAAAUUGCUAAUUAAGCAAUAUUAACAUUAUUGAGAAAUUGAUUUAGUAUUAAAUGCAGAAUAAGCAAUUUUGUAAUUAAAUUAU